CUGCUGGGACUCCGCUGUCAUGGCUCCCAACAUAAACAGAAAGCUGUGAAAAACGACACUUUGUACUCUUUAGGCAAACUAACUGCAGCUGCAUUUUAACUGUGGACCCGGGAGAGAAACGGAAGGUAUCCUACAGGGUUUAAGUCACCGCAGAGUCGUUUUAAGUCGCUGUUUUUUCUGAAUAUGUGGCGUUUUUGCUAGCUAGCUAGCUAGCUGCUAGCCGCAGCGUGAUUCUCGUGUUUUUCCUAACGGCUGCUGCUCGGACUGAAAGACGAGAAGUGUUCAGAGUUUGUUCCCAAAAACAAAUGUGUGUUUCACAGGGAGGGCGACAUGUCCGGAGGGAACAAAGCCGUUGAGUUGCAGCUUCAGAUGCAGCAGAAUGCGCACGAUCUGCAAAGCUUCAUGAAGGAUCUGGAGAGCUGGGAGACGGACAUGAAGAGGAGGGACGAGGAGCUGAGGACCGGAGGAGUCCAGGAGGUCCAGAAAAAACUCCCACCUGUGCGCAACAAGGACUACAAAACCAAGAAACGGGAAAAGAAGAAGAAAACGGAGCCUAACAGCAACGGUGACGCAAAGGCAGAAGAGACCAAACAAGGAUCCAAAAUAAAAGCAUACGACUAUCGAUCCUGGGACAAGUUUGAUGUGGACAAGGCUCUGGAAGAAAUGGAUAACGAGGAAUGUCACGAGUCAAACGAGUCGGACUCAGAGGAAGCUGCUGUUGAUCAGGAGAAAGCGCUGGCUGAGAAGGAAAAGGGUAACAAGUUUUUCAAAGACGGGAAGUACGACGAGGCCGUUGAAUGUUACACCAGAGGGAUGGGGGCUGAUCCGUACAACCCGGUGCUUCCCACCAACAGAGCGACCUCCUUCUUCAGGCUAAAAAAGUACGCUGUGGCAGAGUCCGACUGCAACCUGGCGAUCGCUCUUGACGGCAAAUACGUCAAAGCGUAUGCGCGGAGAGGAGCAGCUCGGUUUGCACUGAAGAAAUAUGAAUCUGCAUUAGAAGAUUACGAGAUGGUCCUUAAGCUUGAUCCGGGGAAUGUGGAAGCCCAGAAUGAAGUUAAAAGAAUCAGAGAGGAGGCCCACGGACAUCAGGCUGCUACCGUCCAGAGUGACGCAUCGCUGCAGGAGGAAGCUCCCACAGUGGAUCCUGAUCAGCAGAGACUGGUGGAGGAGCAGCAGAGACGACAGGAGGCAGUUCUCCAGAAAGACAGAGGAAACGCUUAUUUCAAAGAAGGAAAGUAUGAAGCAGCCGUGGAGUGCUACACCAGAGGGAUGGAGGCCGACAGCAUGAACGUCCUCCUGCCCGCCAACAGAGCCAUGGCCUUCCUCAAACUGGAGAAGUAUAAGGAGGCAGAGGAGGACUGCACUAAAGCCAUUUCCCUGGACAGCACUUACUCCAAGGCUUUCGCUCGCCGAGGCACCGCCAGAGUGGCGUUGAGAAAACUGGAGGAGGCCAAACAAGACUUUCAGCAGGUGUUGAAGCUGGAACCAGGGAACAAACAGGCCCUGAACGAACUCCAGAAACUGCAGAUUGACUCCGGCGGCCUUCUUCAAACAGAGGAGAGCUCACAGAGGAGAACAGUGCAGCCCAUAGACAAACCAGAACAUCUGCGCUCAACUAAACCUCUGAGGAGGAUAAACAUCGAGGAAGUCAGCGGAAAAGUCUCGGUUCCUGAACCGGUCGUCCAGGAGGCGAUGAAGGAGGCCGAGGACGGAUCGUCGCCGCUGUCCACGUCUCCCAGCGCCAAGAUGAUCAAAAUCGAGGAGAUUUCAGACGCUCCAUCGCUCACAUGUGAUCAGUUUCCUGCCAGUAAACAGACCAAAGAAGCAGCAAAGGAGGAAACCGUUCAUCCUCCUGAACCACCAACCGCAGAAACAGACCUUCCUCCUCCACCCAGCAACAGCUUCCAGCUGGAGGCCGACCUCCGCAAGAUCGGAAACCAGCCCCGAGUCAUCUACAGAUACCUGAAGCAAAUCGAGCCCGAAGCGUACGCAAAGAUUUUUCAGAACUCCCUCGAACCCGACAUCCUCAACAAGAUCCUGAGGACGCUGCACGAGUUCUACAUCGAGAAUGAAGCUCCGGCCGUCGCCAUGGAGACCCUCAGCAGUCUAGCGAGCGUGCGGCGCUUCGACAUGGCCGUCAUGUUCAUGUCGUCCUCGGAGAAGAAAGUUCUUCAAGAACUGUUUGAGUUUCUUCGCCGAGCCGAGCUGGACGCGUCGUCUGUCGCCGCUUUGCAGAAGAAGUACGGCGUGUGACGCUUGGAUUUCAGGCAAAGCCGCAGCCUCGACAGACUUAGGAUUUCAAAGCCAAUUAAGCAAUUUAAUUAGAUUCUAAUACUGAAUAAACUUUCACUCCGUUCACUUCCAGUGAAUUUGGACUGCUGAGCCAUCGGAAAGACGGACGUCUGUCCUCUUUACGCCGCGUUUGUUCAGAGUUGGAGGCUGGAAAUUCACACUCUGUUGUCUAGACUUUGAUGCAUUUUAUUAAAAAAAGAAUCUGUGAAGAAA